AUGCCAAAAUUUGUUGAGUUGAACAAUAGGGAACCGGCAAGACAUAGUUCAUACAUAACCACAAUUCUAGACUUGAAUGAAAUUCCAGACUUGAAAGAAGAGCCAGACUUGAAUGAAAUUCCAGACUUGAAGGAAGAGACAGACUUGAAUGAAAUUCCAUACUUGAAGGAAGAGCCUCAAUCAUGCUACAAUCAUCGACUAAUAGAUGAAAUCCAAGUGAUGUUUCAUCCUUACAUCACACAUAUACAAGAUGUAGAGGGGGAUGGAAACUGUGGAUUUCGAGCAAUAUCUGUUUGUCUUGGGUAUGGCGAGAAUGACUGGCUCUAUGUUCGACGUCAACUACUAGACGAGUUAUUGAGUUCGUACGAUGCAUAUGCUAGAGUUUUCACUGAUGGAAUCGGUGAACUAUAUACUUCGUUGGAUUUCUUAGAAUCACCGGCACCUAAAAGAUACUGGUUACUUAUGCCUGAAACAGGUAUCCUCAUUGCCAACAGAUUUGGUGUAGUCCUUACUUUUUUAACCAACCAAGGCUCUCUCACUUUCUUUCCUCUUUGGAAAGGUCCGGAAGAAUUUUUGUACCAUCGCGUUAUUACGAUUUCACUUGUAUAUGGUAAUCAUUAUGUGAUGGUACAAUUAGAAGGAGAUUGUCCGCUGCCUACCAUUUCAGCUUUCUGGAUCCGCCACAAAGCCCCAUGUGCAGUUGGAUGGGAAACUAUGUUCAUGUCACGUCUAGAACUUUAUAGACAACUGAAACCUUACAAUCCUGAAACACCUUUUAUAACUAUAGAGGAUUGUUAG